ACCCAUUUACGAUUUAAAUUUUUGGUUCCUGAGCCUCUCCGCAAAGCCCUCCCGUUCCAGUUCCAGUUCUUGUUCUUGUUCUUGUUCAUGUUUGUCUUCGUCCUCCUAUGAAAAUGAAAUGAAAAUGGUGGUGAAGAAGGCUUCGUUGUCUCUGAUCUAAUCUACUCUGCUCUGGAGUGAAGGAAGGACACGAUCGCGCAUCCCGAAUAGGCUUUUCCGUUUCAAUUUGAGUCAAGAGAAGCAAACCCAUCUCCAUUACAAGGUAAGGUCAGGUCAGAGAUGUACAUCAAAUCGAAGUUGUCAUGGAAUGUGGUACUUCCGGCCGGGAACCUCAACGUCGAAGGCCUAAUGCUUCAAAAGGCUAUAAUCACCCGCCUCACGGCUGACUUUGCCGCCAAGAAAGCCACCAAGGAUCUCGGCUAUUUCCUGGCGGUGACCACCGUGGGAAGAAUCGGCGAGGGAAGGGUUCGACAGCAGUCGGGCGACGUCCUAUUCCCGGUGGAAUUUACGUGCGUGACAUUCAAGAUGCUCCCGAAAGAAGUCUUGGAUGGCACCGUGUACCAAAUUCUCAAGCACGGCGUGUUCUUGCGAUGCGGGCCCAUCGAGAAAGUGUUCCUAUCCCACCAGAAGAUGGACGAUUAUCAGUAUGUCUCCGGCGAGAAUCCGCACUUCAUGAACAACAAGUCGUCGAAGAUUGAAAAGGGCAGCGUGGUGCGGUUCAUGGUGAUCGGGCAGAAGUAUAUGGAGGCCGAGAAAGAUUUUCAAGCCCUCGUCAGCCUCGAAGGCGAUUACCUUGGCCCGAUUUCUUACCCGGAAUAGACGACGAAAAAUCGAGGUACUCCCUUCUUCUUACAUUAUUAUCUUAGUAUAUGAACUCUUGCAAAAACUAGCUGUGUUUUCUCUUAUGAAUGCUGUAAAAGAGGAUUUGCAUUUUCUCAGAAUGGGAUGUUUUGGGUUUUAAAGAUCUCUUGUGAAGAAAUAAAUUUGUUUCCAUGAGUA